AUGAAUGAGAUGAAGCAUUUUAAUGGAAUGAGGCUUUUAAGAAGGCAAGCUUGGGAACAAUGCCAUCUACUCAAAGGGCAUAGUGAGCAUCGGAGCAAUGAAUGGAAGGAGCAGGAAGUGCUCAAGAGUUGUGUGCAGGCGCUCGAAGGACGAUGCUCGCGACGAAGCGAGAUCGCCCAUCAGCAGAAGAUGGCCGUCAAGCAGUUCGUCGCCAAGAUUGAGGUCAUGCUGUUGAACGAGCUCGCCGCGAAUGUUGAGCGCCACAAUGAGCCCGAUAGGAGAUUGAUUUCCAAAUUGAAUAGGGAAUUGAUUAACUUCGAUGCCAAAGAUGAUCGCCCUUCAAUUUAUCACGUUCCAUCGCCUUCGCGUCCCGCAUGGAAGACGUGGACACUAUCGGACGCUGAUCCGAAUAGAAUGCAAAAAGUUCUCGACAUGACCGCUGAUAUAAUGCGAUUGCCGCGACAAAUUCCGUACCAUGAAUCGCUGGAAUUACGCCCGACCGCCGAUUGGAACGCGAGAAUCAUCAGCAAUUUCAUUUGCGAGAUCAUCGGAUUAGCGCCGACCUAUGCGGAAUCAUCGGCGAGAAGCGAGAUUUCGGAAGAGAGGCGUCGUGGAUGUAGUGCAGAUUCGUCGCUUUCCAGAUUUGUUCGACAAGGCCCUUAUGUGUGCUCAUUCCGCGAAAGGAGUAUUCCGGUCGACGAGGGUCGCGUCGCAUCGAUGUCAUCGAGCAGUCUGAACGACACGAGAGCGGCAUCGACGACGUUUUCUUCGCUUCCGCCCCUCACCGACUACACAUCGCAUCCGAGCUCGAUAUUGAGCUCCCAACAAAUCACGCCGACGCCGCGCGAAGAAGACGACGACUUCAAAUCGUUCGGCAAAAGCUUUCUGACGCGCCCGAUUUGCGUCGAGUGCUUCAGCACGUCAACUAGGAAAAAUAUUUUAGCGGUCUCGGAUAGUUGUGGAGGUGUUUAUAUAACAAACUCGAAGGGCGAAAUUGAGCAGCACAUUCUGAUCAAAAACUCGUCGGCGAGUUCAAUUUGCAUCGAUGAGAAAAAUGAGUUGCUGUAUGUGAGUGUGAUGCAAUCGAAAGGUCGCUCGAUUCACGUGUUCGACGUUGCGCAAGAUUGCCGAAAAGUUGAGGUGAUCGCUUGUCCGCGUGAGCCAAAAAUCGAGAUGAGCCGAACGCGCUGGAUUACGGUCGGACCUCGUGGGCAUCUGUUCAUGACAAGCGGCGACAAUAUCAAAAGCGCUCUGUGGACGUAUGUGCGAAGUAAGAAGGCGUGGAAAUUGUUGAAAGAAUCGCGAAAGACGAGAUAUCAAUAUUUGAAUGUUGCCGAAGAUCAAGCGGAAUACAAAGCGGUGGUGCUAUUGACGUGCGACGCCGCCAACAAUCGAAUGUUGCUGUUCGUCGUUGACCAUUCGAUGAGCCUCAUCAAUGAGUACGACCUGAGCAAGACCUAUCGUCUGCACGAGAAUAUUCAAUCUCCUGCUUCAGCCAUUGUUGAUAAGCAAGGAAAUCUGCUGAUUCUUGAUUACGCGACCGGCCGAAUAUGGAUUCUAUUGUCGGGUGUGAAAGGAGUCCGUCGGCUCAAACAAAUCAGCCUUCCCGAUGUCGUCAAACCUCAAGAAGCUCUCGGAAUGUGCACAAAUAAUGACAUUCUCUAUGUGGCCCUAUUCAAUCGUCGCGAGAUCAUUUCAAUCAAAUAUCUGUCGAACGGCGUCUUCCGUCCGCCGAUGGUCACGUCAUCGCCGAUUCAGCAGCAACGACGAAGUGCCAGCCUUCCGAGGGACUAA